CCAACUGAACCAUCCCAAUUUGGUGCAGCUGUAUGGCGUCGUGACCAAGGCCAAACCUAUCAUGAUUGUGGUGGAGCUGAUGCGUUAUGGUGCACUGAACAACUACCUGGCCCGUCACAAGAACCGCCUGCUGCAGCAGCCCAUGACCCUGCUGGAGUUUUGUAUACAGGUGUGUAAGGGCAUGUGCUACCUGGAACAACGCAAGUUCAUCCAUCGAGAUCUCGCCGCCAGGAACUGCCUCGUCGGACAGGACCAUGUAGUCAAAGUAGCCGAUUUUGGUUUAGCCAGAUACGUCAUUGACGAUGAGUACACCAGUUCAGCAGGGACCAAGUUUCCAGUUAAGUGGGCUCCCCCAGAAGUCCUGAGCUACACCCGCUUCAGCAGCAAGUCCGAUGUCUGGGCUUUCGGUGUGUUGAUGUGGGAGGUGUUUAGUGGUGGUGAGAUGCCGUACAGCGGCAUGAAGAAUCUUGACGUGGUGGACUACGUCAUCACCUCCAACCGCCGCCUACAGAAACCUAUGAUGUGCCCAGAACUCAUGUUCAAGGUCAUGAUGCACUGCUGGGACGUGAAACCUGAACGUCGACCAGGUUUUACUGAGUUACAUCGACGACUGAGUGGCCUAGCUGACGGUGGGGACUACCCCCUGGUGUAAUGUCCCAACAUCUGGCAACAAUAGUGUUACUGCUGACUCUAGACAAGCCCACAACGUAACUCAGCCAUUAACUGAACUAGUUUAAGGAGGCAAUGUCUGAACAGCCAGCGUGUUGAUGUUCAGCUUUGACAUCCCUGGAGAUAAAAUUCAGUAUGGAGAUGACAAUGAGCAUGUAGAAAUUUGAAUUUCAUAAGCAUGUAUAGUGCUUGUUCACAAGCCAAGCUUAGUCAGUAAGCAAAACCACACAAGUAUUAUGCAGCUUAACUAUUGUCUGCUCAUUGGUAUUUAGCUGUUGUCAUGGUUAUGGUUACUAGGCAACGAACUUAUAAGCUUUUCCCUGGAUAUGGUAUCUUUUGCUCAGGUGUUAAGCCUUACAUAAAGGUUCAAUGUUCAAUAUUUUCAUUGAAUAUGUAUUUAUAUAUACGAUAUGCAAUAUUGGUAAUUUGUAGUUAUUUUCUGCAUGGCCAAUUCAAGUUUUAUUUAAAGAACAAUCUUUAUAGGUUGGUUUGGCUUUUUUAUCAAUAUUAACAAAUCUGUCUUAGAUGAAGCAUACUUUAGUGGACAUAUAGCAUAUAGAUUGGACCAUGUUAAAUAUAUGGUGAAAAGGUUCUUGACCAUAUAUUUUGAGGCAGAAGGAUUAUAUUUUUUAUAAAUUUACUAUAUCAUUCCAAAUCAAGUGGCAUGACUAGUAUGUUCAUGCCCAUGGUAAUACAAGGUCAUACAUGUUCAUGCCCAUGGUAAUACAGUGAACUGUGGUGUCCUCUUGUUAAUUGAAAUAGAUGCAGAAUGGCUAGUUGUGUUUAAAAUUCAAAGAAUGAUCUAUUUUGUUUAAGUUUUAAAAUUAUUGACAAAUUAUCUUUCGCCUACUGAAAUUUCCAAGCCUAUUUUUAAUGUAGUUAUUUAAAUACACAAAGACUAGCAGCGCUGUUCUGACCAUAAAAUGGAGUUCUGGAUGAUUCCCGCGAGGAUUUCCAUAGUUACGGGGUCAUGGUGUCCCUAUACAAUAACACAGAUGACAACUUGUCAUAAUUUAGGUAAAAUAGCACUAAACCUGCAGGGAAAUGUAAUUUUACGUAAGAAAUUGAUAUUAUUUUUCCAAAUGUUCUCAGUUUAUUAAACUUCAGAGCUUCCUGUUGAUGUUGUGUUGUCGGAGCUUCAAUGCUAUUCCAUGCAAUACAUACCAUGUUUUGAUGUGAUAAAUGAGCUUUUGGUUUUUGUGGAUGUGAGUCCAAAUAAGGUCAUCCAGUCAACCUUGACUCCAAGUUUUACAAAGUUAAAAUGUUCAGCCUUAAUAUUUAAAACCCAGACAUAGUAUAUAUACACCCUACUUUAUUCACUGGCACCUCCAGAACGUUAUAUUUGUCAAAGUGAGUUAAUUGUCAGUUUAAAUUCAAAUUAAUUGUGUUUGUCUCAGUGUAGGAUUUAAAAAGUGAAAUACUGGAUUGCUAUCCAUUAUAUUGUUGAGUUCUGUACUUGCAUUGCUUUUAGUGCUAUGUUCUUAUUUAUGAGGACAUUGUGUAUUUCACUUGCCUUUUGAGUUUUUGUUCACAACAACGAAAAAACACAGCAUGUGCCCUUCAGUCCUCACUGUGGUGCUUUUUUACCAGUAAUUUUGUACAGAGAGAUGUGGAAGGGGUAAUGGAUGCUUUAGGACACACCCCAGACCUGACGAGUAUCUGUUUUAAGUACAGGAGGUCCAAAUUGCUAAAACAUCCUCUGUAUGUCUGAAAACAAAUUACAUAUGUCUCGCAUUGUAAGAAAUAAAAAUAAUGUGCCCUUUUCUUGCAAACAGUGAGUCCAAAGAAUUAUGUUUGUUACUUUUUUUAAUUAAAAUAAUGAAACAUUCAACAUCAUAACCUGUUCAUGUUGGAGAAAAUAAUUGAGUUCCAAGACAUUAAAUAAUAGUGCUGAUCUCAAACAAAAGUCUUAGCUACCGGUACUUCCCAAUCCCCCAUGAGAAUCCAGUGGUUUCUCCCUAAUGAAGACGUUUGCUUUUAUGAAACCUUGACAUAGUUAACUCUAUAAGUUGGUGAGUCAGUCCAAAAAUAUACAACUUUAUAGUUUAUUACGUACAUAGUGAUGUUUUGAUUUGGACAUGGAUAUCACAACCAUGUGAUGAAAGUAGGUAACAGCUAGAAUUUGUUUCAUCAUAAAUGAUUGGUAAUAAUCCUCAAAACUAUGCUUUACCAAUAACAAAUAUGCCUGCAGAAAUUUAAAUCAGAGGACCUAUUUUUAUGAUUUCAAAUGGAAAUUCUGCACAUUUGGCAAGAAGUUGUGUGUUUUUAAAAUAUUAUAUUACAUGUAAUGUUAUUGAAUGGUGGGAAGUCUGAUCUAAACAUUUUUAAUUGCUAACAUUUGUAUUUGCACUGUAUACACAGAAAUGUAACUUAUUCAUCAUUCAUUGUCAUCUGAUGACUGUCUUAUAAGUUUCACCCAUAGAGGAUAACCUACAUUUAGUACCCAUUGGUUUUCUUCCACAUGAGGUUGUCCACAUGAGUGUCCAGUGUUUGUGUGGUUAUCACCUACCGGGGAUAUAACUCUUUAUAACACCCAUAUUUAACACACACUGAAGGUAUACCUUUCCACAACACUCAGUCUCGUCACCUAUUAAAAGUGUACUUCCUUAUAUAACUCAUGUUCCUCGCUGCUGGGUUAUACCUAUAAAUAACACCUAUGAUCAUCACUCACCAGUGGUAUAGUUUUUGAUAACACCCAAUGUUAUCAUACACCUUAGGCAUGGGUCCUUUAAAAGGCAAGUGUUAUGACACACCUGAGGAUAUCUCUCAAAAGUGCUGAUGUUUAUCACACAGAUGAGUAAUAUCUUCUCUUCAUACUAUGUUAUCACCCAUGUGAGUAUACCUGUGUACAAUACCUGUAAUUAUUACUCACAACACAUCUCCACAUAAUAGAUGUUAUGUUAUCACCACCUGAGGUAUACACUGUACCUAUAUAUAUUGCCCAGGAUUAUAACCAUGUUAUCCAUAGCUUGAGGAAUACCUUCACACACAGCUGUGUUAUUACCAUCUGAGGUGUACAUUUCACCUCUAUAUAGCGCCCAGGGUUAUCACCACAUGUUGUAUACCUCUGUGUUGAGCCCAGUGCAUGUUAUCCACAACUUGAGGAAUAGCUUCUCAUAGAGCUAUGUUAUCACCAUCUGAGGUGACCAUUUUACCUCAGUAUAGUGCCCAUGGUUAUCACCCACCUGAAGAAUACCUCCACACAAGCUAGGUUAUCACCACCUGAGGUAUAUCUCUAUAUAGUGCUCUGUGCAUGUUACCACCUGCCUGAGGAAUACCUCCACACAAGCUAGGUUAUCACCACCUGAGGUAUACCUCUAUAUAGUGCUCUGUGCAUGUUAUCACCCACCUGAGGAAUACCUCCACACAAGCUAGGUUGUCACAGCCACAGGUAUGCUUCUAGUGCUAAGUGCAUGUUAUCAGCCACCUGAAGAAUACCUUCUCAUAGAGCUAGGUUAUCACAACCGAAGGUAUGCCUCUAGUGCUAAGUGCAUGUUAUCACCCAUCUGAGGAAUUCCUUAUCAUAGAGCUAGGUUAUCACAGCCAAAUGUAUGCCUCUAGCAUGUUAUCUCCCACCUUAAGAAUACCUCCACAUUGUGCCAAGAUGUAAAGCAUAUGUAUAUCUGCCUUUGCUAUGAAAUAUGCUAUGAUGCAGUAGAAUAGAUAUUGCAGCACCUGCGUGUUAAUAACAUAUUUGUCUGCUGAUGGAUGUACUGAUGGUCAUUAAUUAAGCAACAGCCUACUCAUAUCCACACUUUCUCCCCAUGUGGCCCCGAUGCUGAAUCUAAGUGCAUCCUGUAUUAUGCCACCAUGCUGUAGGCAAAUAUAUAUUUCAUGGAGGAUUGAUUUUCAAAGGUUGUUGCUUAAUAUUUGCUCAGUAUUGUGCUUCUCUGUUGCAGUAAACCUAACUUAUUUUGUUUAUAAGCAGAGGGUAUAAAGUAUGAUAAAACCAGUUCUCAACAAUAACGGGGGAAAAAAUAGAGUAAAAAUACAUAGCCUUUUCUAACCACUAUUAAAAAAUGUUCCAGAUUUUCUGGGCUAUUACAGGCACAAAACCACUCAAAGAACAGUCAAGAUAACUCAUAAUGCAAGAUUUGGGGAAAAUGUUUUGGUGCCUAUUGAUAUUAUAGUAUUACUUUUUCAAAUGGGUCAGUCUUGGAGAAUCCAGGAUAUACAUUUUCAGACAUAUUAUUUUUAAUAAUACAUUGUAUAUAGUUUUGUCUUAAGUUGCCUUAGAAACAAUAAUUGUACAGAUAAUAUAUGUAGUGAGAUAAGCCUUUUUUUGUUUUGGCUGCGACACAUAUCUAGUGAAGUAUUAAAACAAGGCGUAUUAACGACUACAACAUGAGUGUAAGGUAUGGAAGGAUGAAACAUCAUCAGUUGUAUCAAACCUGCUCCUCCAAUCAAAACUAUCCGAUGUCAGGUGACUGGUCAUGUGGCUUAAAUGUUAUAGCAUGGAGAUGAUUCCAGACUGGGGACAAUUACUAAAACAUGAUCCUCACCGCAUUCCUCAGCAUUAUUUUGCUACAAAAUCAAAUUCCGACAAUGGAGAACAUUUUAGCCAUAAUAUCAGUGUAUUCGUGUAUGAUUUAAUACCAUUUCCAAAUGAUAAAGCAUGAUUUUUCUAUUUUGUGAAUAAAUAUUUUCAGUGUU